AUGCUGCACUGGGGAUACGACGAGCACAACGGGCCUGCCCACUGGAAGGAGGUUUUUCCUGUCGCUAAUGGAGACCGUCAGUCACCUAUUGACAUCAAAACUGAGGAAACCAAGUAUGAUCCCUCCCUCCGUCCUCUAAAUCCCAGUUAUGAUCCAGCUUCUGCUAAAAUCAUCCUUAACAACGGGCACUCCACCAGUGUGGAGUUUGAUGACACCGUCAACAAAUCAGCAUUGGAACUGGGCUUUGAAGUCUGUAACUGUUUGUUGCUGACUGGGGGGCCACUCAGCGGGACCUACAGGCUGCGCCAGAUCCACUUCCACUGGGGGUCCAAUGAUGAAGCUGGCUCUGAGCACACGGUGGAUGGGAUGAAGUAUGCGGCAGAGCUUCAUGUGGUCCAUUGGAAUGCAGAGAAGUAUUCCAGUUUUGUUGAAGCAGCUUGUCAGUCAGAUGGACUAGCAGUUAUGGCUGUAUUUCUGAAGAUUGGUGAAUGCAACCCUCAACUGAACAAGAUUACUGACCGCUUGGACACCAUCAGAAUCAAGGGGAAAAAAGCACUAUUCACAAACUUUGAUCCCAGCUGUCUGCUUCCCAAGUCCCUGGACUACUGGACUUACUUUGGCUCUCUCACUGUUCCACCUCUUCUUGAGAGUGUCAUCUGGAUUGUUCUGAGAGAGCCCAUAAGUGUUUGUUCGGAACAGCUGGCCAAAUUCCGCAGCCUCCUGAGCACUGCUGAGGAUGAGGUCGCCUGCUGCUUGCUGAGAAACUUCCGGCCUCCCCAGCCCCUGAGGGGACGAGAAGUCAGAAGGAAUUGA